AUGGCAUUUUUCAUUCCCCCCUCUGUCCUAGAGAACCAGGCCCCUAGCGCUCUCCAAUCCCCAUCCUUCAGAAACAACAUCACACCCGGCGACGUAGGAAUCCUAAAAUCAACCCUCCUACCGUCAUUCAGUCUGUAUUAUAGCCUCUCACUCGCAACAUACCUUGCAGCCGAAGUAACAGACAGAGUCGAACUCAAAGACUGGCUCUGGCCCUCCGCCCAAGUCCUCAAUGCCUGGUGGACCGCCAUCGGGCACCCGAUUUUAAAACACAAGAUCUCAUUCAGAGAAGCUUGUGAGGCUCUACCAUGGUCGGAAAGGGUUCUGCUAAGCUGCGUUACUAUCUGGGGCGUGAGACUCUUUGCUCGGAUUGCGUGCCGGUCAUUGUCCCGCGGGACAGAUGAUGCGCGGUACGACGCAGCCAAAAAAGAGCGGAACUUUUGGAGACGUGGGUUUAUGAGGGUAUUUUUCCCGGAGGCUGUUAUAUUGAGUGUGAUCUCUUUGCCGUUCACGGUCCCGUUCACUAUGGGUGGAGCUACGCUCCCGAUAGGCAAUGACGGGGUGAAUGUUGUUCGGGCACUUGGUGUUGGACUUUUUGCUGCUGGGUUUGCGUUGGAGGCUAUGGCAGAUACGCAGCUUGCACUGCAUCGACGAGAACGGACGGAUUUGUGUCGACAUGGGGUUUGGAGUUUGGUGCGGCAUCCGAAUUAUCUUGGAGACACUUUGGUCCAUUUCUCCUUUGCCCUACUCAACAUGGCUGGUCCAUUUAAUCCAGUUGUCAUACUAGGACCUGUGACGAACUACCUAUUCCUUCGAUAUGUGGGUGGCGAUAAGGAAAUUGAGGCUAGCCAGGAAGAGCGCUAUCGGUCUCAGGAUUCAGAUAAGUAUAGGCAGCUGCAACAGUGGCAGGAAGAGAAAAAUAGUUUCUGGCCAAAUUUGCGGGACUUGGCGAAUCCAUGGACAUUGGCCGUUGUUGGUAGCGGUUUCAUUGGCGUGGUGGCCGAGGAAUGGCUGAGAGGGGUUUAUGAUAUAUAA